AUGUCCGCCCCAGCCAGCAAGGCCGCGUCGCCGCAGGCUGGCUUGCCGGCGUCUCGCACCGAUUCACCAAUGGAUGCGAAAGACUCGAACGAGAGCGUCAAAGUUAACACUCCUGUCUCCUGUCUGUCACCACUGACAUCAUCCCGUUUAGAUCGUGGGACAACCCAAAUCGAUGUCCCUGAGACCAUCGUCACUACUUCAUCCUUAGAUGCGCCGUCUACCAUUCCGGCUCCACAGAAAGCAGGUGACGAUGCAAGUGGUGAUUACUUCUCGGGCAUCCAUAACACCAGCCACCUGUCCUUUGAGCCCAACCCGUUCGAACAAUCCUUUGGAAACACAGGCAGUGAUACCCCUGGGAAAUCUAUUCUCCCACCUGUCGCUUCUUUGACCUCCCCUGCCAUGCCAGGCACCUCGACCAGCGGUGGGUUCAAUUGGCCAAACUCGCUCCGUGCUGGUCCACUAAGCCCGGCAAUGCUUACAGGGCCUGCAGGACCAAGCGACUAUUUCGAUGGUAUAACUCGCGGGUUCCCUACCCCUAAUGAGUCCUCGUUGCGCACUGGUUUGAAUGCUGGCCUAACUCCUGGCGGUGGUGGCUCUAUGUUCCCCGCUCCCAGUCCCGGACCUGCUGGUUUACUUCAGCAACUCUCCAGCGGAAAUACCACUCCUACUACUCUAGAUUUCCAGAGGACAGCCAUCACCGCAGCAAAGAAAAAUGGCUACCUUGCGCCUACAUCUAACCCCGGAGAAGCAGACUCGAUUCUCCAGCAAGUUGCUGCCUCCAUGGAGAAGCCCCAGUCCUAUCCGUUCGCUCAUGCUGAUGCCACUGAUGCUGCCAAUGGCCUCUUCAUGCUAGCUAAGGGUGCUCAGGCUACGAGCAACCCUUUCCCUGGCCCAACCUCGCAACCUAUGCAAAUGUCACUGCAGAAUAACGAUAAUAAUAGCCCACCAUUAAACGGGGUUUCUCCUCAAACCAAUGAGUCGAAUGGCGUAGCUCCACCAUCCAACGGAAACGUCUCUGAUAGUCCUGAUACGAAGAUCAAUACUCGUAGCAAAGGCAAGAAAGGUUCCACUGCCAAAGGAGGAACUACAAAUGGCCGCAGAAAGGCCGAAGACGCUCCCAAGGGAUCGAAUAAAAAGCAAAAGGCUUCAAAUGCUGCCGCCGACAAGGCACAACCUCCCACCGAUGAUGACUCGGUCGAAUUCGAUAAUGCCGAUGGUGCCGAUAAUGGUAAUAGUAAUGGCGAAGGCGAAAAUAACUCUACUGGCAACAAGAAAGCCAUGACAGACGAGGAAAAGAAGAAGAACUUCAAGGAGCGUAACAGGGUUGCCGCCCUUAAAUGUCGUCAACGAAAGAAGCAAUGGGUAGCCACCCUAAUGAGAAAAGCAGAAGCAUACUCUAGCGACAACGAAGCUUUAACAAACCUUCUAGAGAAAGCUAGAGAAGAAAAUGCAAUGCUAAAAUCGAUGCUUUCGGCGCACAAGGACUGCCCCGUUGGCCAAUCCCAAGGGCUCGCGAUCCUCUUAAACGGACUUCAAAUGGCCAGCGGUGUACCUAAUGGAUUACCAACCGGCCCGCAAAAUCCUAUACCCAAUGGACUCCAAUCUGGAAUUCAGAGCAGCAUGCAGAAUAGCAUGCAGAACGGCAUGCAGAACGGCUUACCAGUGCAAAAUGAUCUUCUAGCGCCACAAAACUGGCAACUUCGUCGAUGA